AUGAAUGACAAAACAAUUUUGGAAGAAAUAAUUAAAAUUAAUGAAAUUGAUGUUUUGGCUUUAUUAUGUCAAUUGAGGAUAAUUGCUGUCGCGAGCCUAGCUGGUUUUGUCUGUAUUAUAUUUUAA